AUGUGUACUAACAAUAAUCCUUUAUAUCUGAAUAACAUUUUUGAUGAGACCCAUCCAGAAUUAAUAGAUUUACAUGAAAAUUUACAAGAAUUCCAAAAUGAUUUUAUGGAAACUUCAUCUGAAGAUAUUGAAACAGAAAAUAUUAUUGAGACCAAUGUGGUAGAAGAUUUUGAUGAUGACUUUGAUGAUGACUUUGGUGAUGAAAUAAAUAAUGAAGUUUUUUCAGAAAUAGAAAUUAAAAAAUUUGAAAAAAUUUACAAUAAUGAACCAAUUGAAGAGUCAGAAAUUAGUGAAUUGGAAGCUGAGAAAGAAAAAUUAAAUAGAAAAAAUGAAGAAGCAAAAAAUUAUAUUAUAAACAUACUUAAAAAAAAAUGUUGUAAAUCAAGCUCAAUAAUUGUUUGA